AAACCGUUGGUCUCAAUACCAGACGGCACAAUCACAAACAGCCUCAACCAGUAAACAGUUCUGUUCCAAUAAUGGCAAUCAAAUUUGUUCUGUUCGCUACUCUGGUAGCUGCCGCCAGCGCUGGUCUGCUUCCUGUGGCUCACCAUGAAUCGAUCGCUACGUCUCACUCCACCAUCCAGCACCAUGCUGCUCCCGCUAUCCAUCAUGUCGGAUCGGUCCACGCCACCCCGGCUAUCUACCAGCACUCGGCCCCGGCUAUCGUCAAGACCAUUGCUCAGCCCACGAUCAUCAAGUCGGUAGAGCACCACGCUCCGGCCAACUACGAGUUCUCGUACUCCGUCCAUGACGAGCACACCGGAGACAUCAAGAGCCAGCACGAAACUCGCCACGGAGACGAAGUCCACGGACAGUACUCGCUGUUGGACUCCGACGGUCACCAGCGCAUCGUCGACUACCAUGCUGAUCAUCACACCGGAUUCAACGCCGUCGUGCGCCGUGAGCCAUCGGCUGUGAAGAUCGCUCAGCCCGUGCAUGUGUCCAGCUAUGCCCAUGCUCCAAUCAGUCUUGAAUUGCAGACACUGAGUAUAAAAGACGUUGGUCACGAUAUCACACGGCACAGUCACACAGGACCUCAACGAGUAAACAAUCCUGCUCCAAUAAUGGCGUUCAAAUUCGUUCUGCUCGCUACUCUGGUAGCUGCCGCCAGCGCUGGUCUGCUUCCUGUGGCUCACCAUGGAUCGAUCGCUACGUCGCAUUCCACCAUCCAGCACCAUGCUGCUCCCGCUAUCCAACAUGUCGGAUCGGUCCACGCUGCCCCGGCUAUCUACCAGCACUCUGCCCCGGCUAUCUACCAGCACUCGGCCCCGGCUAUCGUCAAGACCAUUGCUCAGCCCACGAUCAUCAAGUCGGUAGAGCACCACGCUCCGGCCAACUACGAGUUCUCGUACUUCGUCCAUGACGAGCACACCGGAGACAUCAAGAGCCAGCACGAAACUCGCCACGGAGACGAAGUCCACGGACAGUACUCGCUGUUGGACUCCGACGGUCACCAGCGCAUCGUCGACUACCAUGCUGAUCAUCACACCGGAUUCAACGCCGUCGUGCGCCGUGAACCCUCGGCUGUGAAGAUCGCUCAGCCCGUGCACAAGGUGAUCGCCCAGCCCGUGCAUGUGUCCAGCUAUGCCCAUGCUCCAGUAGCUCACGCCACUGUCCAGCACCACCAUGCUGCCCCGAUCGCGCACUACGCUGCCCCGAUCGCGCACCAUGCUGCUCCGAUCGCGCACUAUGCUGCCCCGAUCGCGCACUACGCUGCCCCGAUCGCGCACUCAACCUCCAGCAUCGUCCAUGGACCGAGCCAUCUGAGCCAUCAUCAUUACUAAACGCCAGUUUUGUACGAUCUAGAUUAAAACUUGUUAGUAAAAAUAAAUUGCAUUCAUACAUUUCAAACCA